CUAACAACGGCCGGCAAUUCCCACAACACCACACAACGAUAGGAGACACAUGAAGAAGCACGGCCGCCAGACUUGCCCCUAUUGCCACGAUUCAAUCAACGCCUUCCACAAGGCCCUGGAACGCCACCUGCGCAGCCACCACUCGGACCUGGCCGACGUGCGCGCCAACCCGAAAGUAUGGAAGGAGGAGGUGCUCUGCGAGGGCUGCGGUAGGAGGAUGCGCGCAGACAACCGAAAAAGGCACCUCAAGACGUGCAAGGGCAUGCGGUAUGAACAAACUUAGUAGCACCAGGUGCGGGCCAGAGCUGUUGGUGGCAUCACAGACCUGUUACUGAUUUUCUCUCUUAUUACGUAUUUUCAUUUUCGGCCUGGGCCCAGGUAUCAAGGCUUGUUUUCAGAAGAGGUCUGGCUGCAUGGGAAAGCACACAUGGUUUGCGAAGUCGAGGCUGGUUGAAGCUUGCGGUUAUCAUUAGCGACGGAGGCGUCUAUGUUCUGGUCGAGUUCGGGUCUUUCUGGCAAAGGACUCUCUUUCUUUCUUCCCUCUGUCUCUUUCUGUCUUUUUGCUAACGUCCCUUGUUAGUUUUUGUCCCUUGCUCUCCUAUUCGCGCAGUUUUGGCACACUGUCUCUCUUAACGCGCUCAUUGAUUCAAUCCCUGGCCA